GGGUAUUAUUGUACUAUUCCUUUACCAAAAUUAACCACGUUUCUAUUGUAGUAAAAGUACAGUAACCAUGUUGGCGCACGGAUUAACAUUUAUAACCACAAUUUUACUACAAACAUGGUUAAACUACCAUGGUUAAUUUGUGGUUACCAUGGUUUAGCUCUUAUUUGUAGUUAAAACGCGGUUAAUUUUCCUAAUUAGUAUAAGGAGGAAAUAGUGUAAGUAGACAGAUAGAAAAGAGUAGACAGAUAGAAAAAUGUGGUUAAAAUGUAAUCGUUCAUUGAACGAUUUACAGUCACUUAAUAAAGUAUCAAAAUUUAAACGAUAUUACGUCUCUGAGUAAGACGUUAUUAUUGUGUUCGUAGAGAAACAUCAGACUGACGCAACGAUGACAUCUAGUGGACACGCGCGGUCACUGCUUUUGCACAAUUUGGCUUGGUUUUAAGUGGAGUGACGUGAUUGUAUUGUGUGUUCUGGUGACGCGUAACGAAAUUCCAACCUUGCAAAAGAGAUUCAGUUGAACAAACCUUGCUUCCUUGGAGUUCAAGGCCAUUACAGCGAGCGCAUCACGUUGUUCAUAUUGAAGUCAGACGCGUUUCAUUGGCCGGAGGACAGAGCUCUGGACGGGAAGGGCUUGGAUCCGGAUCGCAGAGUAAUAUCUCAUUCAUAAAUUACACAGGACGCUAGAGUAGAGCACUACUGUCUGCUGAGGGAAACCGGCCAGUAUUGGAACAAUGCACUCAAUAAGAAAUUUCUUCUGUGGUCAGUGGAGCUCUUCUGUACGUCUUGAUGACAAAACAGUCAUAAUCACAGGAGCUAAUACAGGCAUUGGCAAAGAGACAGCGAGAGACCUUGCAAAAAGAGGGGCUCGAGUCAUCAUGGCCUGUCGAGAUCUAGAAAAAGCAGAGGCAGCCAGAAAAGAUUUAAUAGAGGAUUCUGGAAACCAAAACAUUGUGGCGAACAAACUUGAUUUAUCAGAUACCAAAUCCAUCAGAGCUUUUGCAGAACUCAUAAACAAAGAGGAAAAGCAAGUCAACAUCCUGAUCAACAAUGCUGGAAUCAUGAUGUGUCCAUAUUCAAAAACUGCAGAUGGCUUUGAGAUGCAGUUUGGUGUAAACCAUUUAGGUCAUUUUCUGCUCACCUACCUUCUGCUUGACCUCUUAAAGAAAUCAGCCCCCUCCAGGAUCAUCAACGUGGCUUCUGUGGCCCAUACGUGGGGCAGCAUCCAUCUGGAUGACAUAAACAGUGAGAAGGGUUACUCUCCACGGAGGGCUUACGGCCAGAGCAAACUAGCUAACAUCCUCUGCACGCGCUCCUUGGCUAAAAGACUGCAGGGCAGUGGUGUGACUGUGUACUCCCUCCAUCCCGGUGUGGUGCAGUCAGAGCUGUUUAGGAACCUCAGCAAGCCUGUGCAGAUAGCAGUCAAGGUCUUCAGCCCUUUCACCAAGACCACUAUUCAGGGGGCCCAGACCACCAUUUACUGCGCUGUGGAGCCCAAACUGGACAAUGAGAGUGGAAGAUAUUACAGCGACUGUGCUCCAGCACAGUGUUCAAGAGAGGCUUUAGAUGAUGAAAUGGCUCAGAAACUCUGGGAGCUCAGCUGUCAGAUGCUUGACAUUACUUGGGACUGAUGGAGCAAUCCUCUCAGUGACACUGUUAUAAAAGCGGAAUAAAAGCUUUUGGACUAAUGUCAUAGAUAAUGGAAACUGUAGUGUUUAUACAAUGCAUGAAUGAAUGCACUAUGUUUUAUAUUGUACCUACAUUGAAUACUAUUUUUAAUACCCUUGGCUAUUCUGUUAUAAUUUCAAUAGACAUAAUGAACUGCUAUGAAUUAAAAUGUAUUUUAGUCUAUUAAA